AAGAGGAGGAGGUGUGGUCUCUGCAGGUAUAAGGCAGACACCCACACCAGCUGCUUCCAGCAGAAAGUCAACUCGUGCCAAUGGAGCGUCUCCAGGUGUGGGGGAUCUUCAGCCUUGUUGUCAUGACGAUGGCCCAGAACUCAACUGUCAGACCCGACCUUCAGCCCUCCUACCUGCUGCUGUCUCCCUCGGUUCUCCGAGCCGGCGUCCCGACCUCGGUGUCCGUCUCCAUCCUGGUCUCCUCACCUGUCAGCGUGUCUGUACGCGUUGCUCUUGGCAACCAGACGUUGGCCUCAGCCUCUAGGAUGGUGGAAGGAGGUUCAACCGGGCUGCUGGUCUUACCUCCAAUCAAUGAGGAAAAGUCUGGUUCCCGACACCUCUACAACCUGGAGGUCAGAGGUCAUGUAAGUGGAGCCCUGCUGUUCUCAAACUCCACACAGCUGCCCCUGGACCUUAAAAGCUUCUCCACCUUCAUUCAGAUGGACAAAAUUAACUACCUACCUGGACAGGUGGUGAAAAUCAGAGCGGUGUCCGUUAACCCUGACGGGAGGCCAUACGUCAGCCCGGUAGACAUCUUCAUCCGAGAUCCUCGGGGGAACCUGCUCAGACAGUGGUUGGCUGAGGAUGGCGUCCUCGGUGUCGUAUCCAAACAGUUCCAGCUGUCUGAAAACCCUCCUCUGGGUCAGUGGACGAUCACCACUGAAAUCAGGGGUGUUGGCCGUGAGCAGCAUUUCAUCGUAGAUCAUUACGUUUUACCAAAGUUUGAGGUGGUGAUAAAAGCUCCAGACAUCAUUUAUCAUGAGGAGAUGCUGGAAGGCGCCAUCACUGCAAAGUAUGUGUACGGCAAACCUGUUCUGGGACAGGUGAACAUCACCUUCAUCCAUCACGUUCACGGGUUUGAUGAAGCAUUCAGUGAAGACAAGGAGAUUGACGGCACUGAAAAGUUCACGUUUCUUCCUCCUGUCUACCAUGAUCAAACAUCUCCCAGGAUGAUGCUCUAUGAUGAAAACAUGGACUUUAUAACCAUCCAGGUUCAAGUGACUGAACACCUGACAGGUCUCACAUGUAACAACACUAAGAGGGUUUCUCUGGUUUAUACCAGAUAUAAAAUUUCCUUCGAAGAUCAUCCAGAAACACUGAGGCCGUCUCUGAGCUUCACAGUGAAGCUGAGGGUAUCAACAUUCAACGGUCAGCCGCUGUCGCUGGAGGAUCAGGAGAAGACAGUGGACGUGUCAGUGAUGCAGGAGAGGGGUAGCCGUUGGGACUGGGUGAUGGACAUGAAGGAAGGCAUGCCUGUUGGUCCAAACGCUUCAGGUCCUUCAUGGACACGUCCUGAGGAGAUGCCACCAAAAGACAUGGAGUUCUCUUUGCCUCCAGAUGGAGUCAUACUUCUGCACAUAGAGGUCCUGAAUGCAACACAACUACUAACCAUAGAUGCUUCUGUGGAGGACUGCCACAACUCCCUUCACCUCUACAGGAGCUACACCUCCCCCAGUCACACCUACCUGCAGAUAGAGAAACCGUCUGGACCUGCAGAGGUUGGCUCCGCCCUCCAGCUGCAGGUUCACACGAAUUUUCCUAUGACUGCUUUUCAUUAUCUGGUGAAGUCCAGAGGUCAGGUGCUUUCUGCUGGGAGGAGCUCAGGAGGUCUGACUCUCAUCCCUGAAGUGUCCUGGGGUCCUCUGGCCUUCAUCAUUGUCUUCUAUAUUCAUCCCAACGGCGAGAUUGUCAAUGAUAUGAUCAAGCUGCCCGUCAGCUACUUUCUACAAAACAAGGUGUCUCUGAGCUGGAGCGCCAACACCAGGAAGCCGGCUGAAGAUGUCACCCUGAAGGUUUCCGUGUCACAGCCAAACUCGCUGGUGGGGAUUCUGGUGGUUGACAAGGCAACACAGAGGGACAGAGCACACAAUGACAUCACCAUGGAGACGCUGCUGAAGGAGAUGACGAAGUUCGGAGUUCCCAUGGCCGACGCCCACCCGGACGGGAAGGGGAGGGGGGAUCCAUACUCCAUCUUCCAGACAUGUGACCUGCUGGUGAUGACCGAUGCCACUUUAACCAAGUUCACCCAGUCUGAAACUGAGGAAGUAUUCUUCCUCGCCCACGCAGAAGAAGAACCGAUGGAGAAACAUCAGGAAACACAUGAGCGACAGAACUUCCCAGAGACCUGGAUAUGGAUGGAGAUGGACACAGGUGACUCGGACACGCAGACGUUGGCUCUGACGGUACCGGACAGCAUCACCACCUGGAGCGCCACGGCCUUCGUCCUGUCUGACAAGCUGGGUCUGGGGCUCGUCGAACAGCCAGCACAGCUCACGGUUUUCCAGGACUUCUUCCUGUCCCUUAACGUCCCAGCUUACGUGAUCCGAGGAGAGGAGCUGGUGCUGGAGGUGAUUCUGUUCAGCUACCUCCAGCAGGACCAGGAGGUCACUGUGAUUGUUGCAGCGAGCGAGGCCUUCCAGUUCGUCUUCCCAGACAGCGAGCUGCUGUCCAUGUCCAGCGUCCGCCGGCUCCACGUGGAGGGUGGGGGCGGAGCCACCGUCCUGGUUCCCAUCAGGCCGCUGGUCCUCGGAGAGAUCCCCAUCUCUGUGAAAGCCAUGUCCUCUGUAGCGUCUGACGUCGUCCGGACGACGGUGCUCGUCAAGGCCGAAGGGCUGGAGCAAUCCUUCUCCUCGUCGCUGCUGCUGGAGCUUCGUGCAUCCCAGACGAGCCUUUCCAGGAGCUUCUCCUUCAGCUUCCCAGCCGGCGUCGUGGAGGGCAGCCAGAGGGCCUCGGUGACCGCCAUCGGUGAUAUCCUGGGCCCGUCCAUCACCGGUCUGGACUCGCUGAUCCAGAUGCCGUACGGCUGCGGAGAGCAGAACAUGAUCCACUUUGCACCAAACAUCUACAUCCUGCAGUACCUGAGCUCCAGCAGACAGGCCGACCCGCAAACCACCAGACGGGCCACAGACUACAUGAUGAGCGGAUACGAGCGGGAGCUGUCCUUCCAGAGAGCCGACGGCUCCUUCAGUGCCUUCGGGGACCAGGACUCCUCAGGAAGCACCUGGCUUUCUGCGUUCGUGCUGAGGUGUUUCCUGCAGGCGCGACCGUUUGUCACCAUCGACGCCCACGUGCUGCAGGCGGUGGCAGCGUGGAUCGCGGGCCAGCAGGGGGCUGAUGGGAGGUUCCAGGAGGUCGGCAGGGUCAUCCACACGGAGCUGCAGGGAGGUCUGGACGGGCCGGUGUCCCUCACAGCCUACGUCCUCAUCGCUCUGCUGGAGGACAGCGACAUCAGGGCUCAGUAUGCUGGCCAGGUGUCUGCAGCCCUGAUGUACCUGGAGACCCGACUGGCUUUGGGCAUCUCUAGCAACUACAGCCUUAGCCUGCUGAGCUACGCUCUGGCUCUGGCAGGAAGCUCCACCACCGAAACAGCAAUCAAUGAUCUCAUUGGACGGGCCAGCAAGACAGACGGUGUGCCCAUGUGGGUGUCUCCCAGCAGCGGCCUGUCGUCGUCAUGGCAGCCUCGCUCUGCAGACAUUGAGAUGGCGUCCUAUGUGUUACUGACCCUGCACCAGCUGAACCAGGUCUCAAGGGGUCUGGGUCUCAUGAAGUGGCUCAGCCAGCAGAGAAACCACCAGGGAGGGUUUGGAAGCACCCAGGACACGGUGGUAGCUCUGCAGGCCUUGUCUACGUUUGCUUCUCUAGGAGGAGUUCAUCAGUCCCACGUCACCAUCAGGGUGGUCAGCAGCAACAGUUCAACCAGUGUGGCCUCCUUCUUCAUCAACCAGGACAACUUCCGGCUCCACCAGAGCCAGCAGAUCGAUCCAGACCAGGAUCUGAACCUGCAGGUGACGGCAGCAGGUGAAGGACUCGCUCUGUUACAGCUCAAUGUGUUUUACAAUGUGAGGAAUGAGGCACUGAGGAGGAGACAGGACGCCGGCGAAGAUGAAGCUUUCCAUCUCUACGUGGAGCUGUUUGAGUCGGACAUGGACUCUGCACACCUGUACAUCUGCAGCAGUUUGUCGGGGGACCUGGACCUGAAGGCGACAGGUAUGGCCAUCAUGGAGGUGGGUCUGCUGAGCGGCUUCAGUCUGCAGCCACACGCCAUCAAAUCUGACCAGUUUGUGCGGAAAGUGGAGACGGAGCCAGGGAAGGUCAUCCUGUACCUGGAUUCUGUGACCACGCAGGAGGUGUGUCUGCUCGUUCCUCUCAUCAUCCAGUUCAAAGUCGCCAAAGUCCAGGAAGCAGCUGUUCUCAUCUACGAUUAUUAUGAACCAAGACGGAGGACAGCCAGGAUGUACGUGUCCACCUGGAGGAGAGACGUGUCCAUCUGCUCCUUCUGUGGAGAUGACUGCCGUCAGUGUGGCGUUGACUUAGAUUUGUCCUUCAACGCUGCGCCGCUGGCCGCCGGAUGCUUGCCUCUGGUUCUGCUCCUCCUCUUCAUCAUGUCAGUCAUGUGA